AAAAAAAGAGAGCGAGUACAGGCUGAUCUCUAUCUCUCACAGACAGCUUUCCAUGUUGCAACACACAGUGAAGAGGACGCGCUACACAUCAAACCAUCAUGCGCGCAGCUUUCUGAAGCCGUUUAGCGAUAGGGUGCGAGCGAGGGAUGAUGGCAUAGUCCCGUGCGGAGCGCCGAUGCUGCACGAUGAGUGUAGCGCUGCAGGAUUUACGAAAUAACAUGUCUAACUACAAGCGUGCAACGUUUGAAGAGGAGGAUGGGACAGACAUCACCGCCGAUGGAGCCAUCUCUCCUGACAGCGUGGAGGUGGGCUUCCGUAAGGGUGGUGUUCAGUUGUUUGGCCCGUUGGGCAGGAGGACUCAACUGGAGGUGGUGUUGGCUGGUCUGCUUCUGACUUCACUACUCGCCCUGUUCGGUUGUGCUAUUACACUGGGCGUCCGUUAUAACAGAGAUCCGGCCCAUAGUAUCUGUCUAACAGAGGCCUGCGUGACCGUGGCCAGCAAGAUUGUGGAAGCUCUGGACCGCUCCACCGACCCGUGUCAGGAUUUUUACCAAUACGCCUGCGGGGGCUGGAUCCGUAAAAACCCUCUGCCAGAUGGUCGGUCCCGCUGGAGCACAUUUAACAGCAUCUGGGACCAGAACCAGGCUAUUCUCAAACACCUGCUGGAGAACGGCACAUUCAAUUCAAGUAGUGAGGCAGAGAGGAAAACACAAUCCUACUACCUUUCCUGUCUGAAUGAACAGCGAAUAGAAGAGCUCGGAGCCCAACCGCUCAUUGACUUGAUUGCAAAGACUGGGGGCUGGAACAUCACAGAAGCCUGGGAUAAAGAUAACUUUAUGGAUGUUUUAAAGACCGUUUCUGGACCGUACAGAGCACAGCCCUUCUUUACCGUGGGUGUGAGCGUGGACCCAAAAAACUCCAACAGUAAUGUCAUUCAGGUUGACCAGUCGGGGCUUUUCCUGCCAUCUCGAGACUAUUAUCUCAAUAAAACAAACGAAAAGGUGUUAAAAGCCUAUCUGGACUACAUGGUGGAGUUGGGUUUGUUAUUGGGAGGAGACAAGAAUUCCACUCGGGAUCAAAUGCAGCAAAUUUUGGAUUUUGAGACGGCGUUGGCCGUCAUCACCGUACCUCAGGAUGAACGCAGAGAUGAGGAGAAGCUGUACCAUAAGAUCACCAUAGCUGAACUGCAGGUUUUGGCUCCAGCAGUUGAUUGGCUGGAUUAUCUGAACUUCGCCCUCUCACCGCUGGAGUUGAAUGAUACAGAGCCUGUAGUGGUCUACGCUAAGGAAUACCUGCAACAGGUUUCAGAGCUUAUCAACAAGACCGACCGCAGUCUUUUGAAUAAUUACAUGAUGUGGAACCUGGUACAGAAAGGAGCAUCCAGUCUUGACCAGCGCUUUGAAAAUGCUCAGGAUAAACUACUAGAAAGUCUCUAUGGCACCAAGAAGUCCUGUACCCCGCGCUGGCAAACAUGCAUUGGAAACUCAGACGACACACUUGGUUUUGCAUUGGGUGCUCUUUUCGUCAAAGCCACCUUCGACAAACAAAGCAAAGAAAAUGCGGAGGAGAUGAUCAAUGAAAUCCGCACGGCUUUCAAAGACGGUUUAGAUGACUUGCACUGGAUGGAUGAUAUGACCCGACAGGCUGCCAAGGACAAGGCGGAUGCCAUCUAUGACAUGAUCGGAUUUCCAGACUUUAUCCUGGACCCCAAAGAGCUUGAUGAUGUGUAUGAUGGGUAUGAGGUCACAGAUGACAACUUCUUCCAGAACACGAUCAACUUUUACAAUUUCUCAGCACGAGUGAUGGCCGACCAACUCCGCAAGCAACCAAACAAAGACCAAUGGAGUAUGACUCCGCCCACAGCCAACGCAUACUACAUGCCAACCAAGAAUGGAAUUGUGUUUCCCGCUGGAAUCUUACAGGCUCCAUUCUACGCUCAAGAUCACCCUAAAGCUCUGAACUUCGGUGGCAUUGGUGUGGUCAUGGGUCAUGAGUUAACACACGCAUUCGAUGAUCAAGGUAGAGAGUAUGACAAAGAGGGAAACCUGCGACCAUGGUGGCAAAACUCCUCAGUCGAAGCAUUUAAGAACCGCACCGAGUGUAUGGUGGAUCAAUACACUCAAUAUACCAUCAAUGGAGAGCAUAUUAAUGGAAAACAGACACUAGGAGAAAACAUAGCUGACAAUGGGGGUCUAAAAGCUGCUUACCAUGCUUAUAAAACGUGGAUGCAAAAGAACGGAGAUGAGAAGAGACUUCCAGCUGUCAAUCUGACCAACGACCAGCUCUUCUUUGUGGGUUUUGCACAGGUUUGGUGUUCGGUCCGAACGCCGGAAAGUGCUCACGAGGGCCUGAUGACAGACCCUCACAGUCCCCCCAAAUAUCGUGUUAUCGGCACUCUGUCCAACUCGCCCGAGUUUGCAGAGCACUUCCAGUGUCCGUUGGGAUCUUCCAUGAACUCAGGGCAUCGCUGCGAGGUGUGGUAAAACUGACACCAGGGACCACCAGCUUGCUUGCACAGAUCAGCCUGGCCAAAAAAAAAGCUGAACAGACGAUUUGGAUUCUUUCUCAAGCACUGUUUUUUAUUUAUGAGCUCAAACUUUUACAAGGAGAAAGUGAGCAUUUAAAUUCUUCGACCAACUCAACUCUGUUUUUCCUCUACACCAGCCCAUGCAGGCUUAUUUUAUUUAUUUGUUUGCUGAACUUGGAUGACAUUAUAGAUGAAGGGCCAAUCCGGGGUGCCGUCCGUCGCUUACGUGCGUGUUUCUGUGCUUCACACCCCGUUUACAACAAAUUCAAUUUCUUGCCGUCUGGGAUAGAAGACAUGUCCGUUAAUGCUACUCGGAGACCUCUUUUGUGACCUCACAGGACGUUCUGUAAUCUCAUAAUGACCUCACAGGAAGUGCUGGAUCGAAAGAAAGAGUGAAGGUGUAUUGUGAUCACACAGAAAUGGUAUUUAAUGGCAUGGAUAGCCAAUGUUUGUUCAUCCGACCUGUGUAUAUGGUGUCAUAUUUUGAUCUAGACAAAGUUGAAAUGAAACGAUCAUUUUAAACCGCUUUUUGCCAAAGAACAGUUCUGUUCCUUGUGUAUGUGUACUGCUUUGUCUUCAUAGUCAUUUAUUUCCACGUAAGUCUAAAAUGGUGUGAGUGAGAGAUAUAUUUCCAGGUAUGUAAGGUAUGAUCUCUAAAUUGUCUGCCUCGUGCAGAACUUUGUCAAGUCUACUGAAGUGCUAUCACAUUACAUUCUGAAAACCACUAAAAGGGGCAAUCGUAGGGUAAAUUUCACCCUGAAAUGAAUUAUAUUUUGCAUAUUGAAACUAAGCCCUAUUUCAGUUUCAUUGCUUUUUGCAUUGUGACAUUUAUUUUCAAGACAAUUCAGCACAUUUUGUUUGAUUAAAUUCUCAUACAAAAGAUUCUUUUUCUAGUUAGUAUUUGUCGGUUUUAAGCGCCAAUAUCUAAAAAUUC